UAACACUUCAUUGGUGGGUGUCAAGCCCAGUAACACCGUUAUCUGUUCAAGAAAGACUGGCUUGAAGCGGAAUCUUUUUCUGUCUCUGACAGAAGAAGAUUAGUUACAAAGUUCAAGGUACUGGGUACGUGAGCCUUUUGGAGGCUUCUGCCUCCACCUACUGGCAGUUUGCAAAUCUAUUAAUAAGGGUGGGGUACUAAAUAGCUUUCACAGUUCCCCCGUUCGGGCCUGGUAAACUCAGAUUACUAGGCCCGUUACGUAACUUACGAUCAAGCUGAAGAGACAGGUAUUGGGUUGUCUUGUGGACAGCAGAGCAGAAACCCUCUAAGGAUAGCCCUUUAGAUUAUAUGUUAAGUAAAUGGCCUUUACCCGGUGUUCAGAAAGGUAUAUCAAGGAAGCACUUUUAACAACUUUGCACCCAGGACUGGCCAGCCCUGGGGACUGCAUGGCCCGCAUUUGGCUCCUUUGAUAUUCCGACUUAUUUAACUCCUUUGCGCCUGAUAUUAGAGAAUCAAGCGCCUGGUCAAAUGGACUAUUGGUUUUUGUGGGACGAUGAGGCUCAUCGUCGUUUACAGAAGAUAAAAAUCCAGGCCCCUCAAUUCCCGAAAGCUUCUGCCCCAAGUGAAGCUGAUUGUUGGGAAGAUAGCCCCCCAAUGUAUUGUCCUAGACCACGACCACCCUCGGCAGCAAUAUCACAGGCUGUGACAGAUCAGGUUUCUUUGUCUACGGGGCCCAAGACAGUGAUUCCCCCACUGAAGACUGAGGAAACCACAAUUCAAGUUAAUGAAUCCACUAGUGGAGCGACGGGUAGUGGGUACACUUCUGUUCUGUCUACCGCCAUUAGUCCAUCUCGUACAAGACAGGGAGUAAUCUAUGGGGAGGAUGCAGUUAAAAUCCAGGCACCCCUUCGGACCAUCCCGGUACCCACUACGGAUGGAGAGGUUGUAGACCGUUAUGUACAUGUCCCUUUUACUACAGCAGAUCUUAUGAACUGACAAAACACUACACCUCGCCUCAGAGACGACCUGGACAUCGUUCACAGGCGAUUCCGUGCUAUUUUUCAGUCUCAUAAUCCUGAUUGGCAAGACGUGGGCCAACUUUUAGAUUGCCUACUGCGCACGGAGGAGAAAGAGCGGGUCCUAAGGGGGGCCCGGGAGGCAGCGGAGGCUGCCGGUGACGGGCAUGAUUUGAUAGCUCUCACUAACCCAACCCAAUGGAAUCCAAAUAAUUCAACCCACCAGGCAAACUUAAAGACAUUUUUAACCCAUGUUUUGACAGGUAUAAAACAAGCAGGAGAAAGAACUCUAGAUUGGUCAAAAGUCCAUAAUACUGUGCAGGGGAAGGAACAACACCCUUCUGACUUUUAUGAGAGACUUUGUAAAGCAUUUUGUACUUUUACUAAUAUAGACCCCAAGGCUGCGGACACAGUCCACGGUCAGGCUUAUUUUUAUCUCUCAGUCAGCUCCGGACAUUAAGAAGUGGUUGCAGCAGCUCGAAGGCGCUGAGGGAAAGUCCCUGGAGGAACUGGUAAGCGUAGCCACCCGUGUGUAUCACACAAGAGAUAGUAUUCAAGAGACCAAACAGGUGAGAAUGCUAGCAGCCCUUGUGAACGUGGGGAGCGAAAGACAAGGAGGGAAGUGGGGACCCCCCAAGUGGCAACCGAAGGCAGAUCGGGGGGGGGGGCCAAGCCGUGCAAAUGAUAUAUGCCAUUACUGUAAGCAACUUGGUCACUGGAAAAGAGAGUGCCCAAACCGACGUACCAGACGACAGCCCCAACCUCGAUAUCAGAUGGAAGUAGAAAGAACAGACGCUGUCAAUAAUGCGGAAUGACAGCGACCCGGGGGUCCACUUGUUACCUACACAAAUGACUUUACCACUUAUGUUUGUUCCUCCACAGACCCCCAGGUCCGUUUAACUCUGGGAGGAACCGCUUAUUCUUGUCUUCUGGACUCGGGGGCUGCCCUUUCCACUGUUAUUGCCAAGCCAAAGGAAGGAAACCUCACAGAUAAAAGCAUUCCGGUAAUGGGUAUAGGCGGAAAGCCAUUUGAGUGUUCUGUAUUGCAGGAGGCUGCUGUAGAAAUCUCUGGUGUCUCAGCCUCCCAUGCAUUUUUGUUAGCUCCUGACAGCCCAGUUAAUCUUCUAGGCAGAGACUUGCUGUGUAAAUUACGUGCUCAGAUUUUCUUUUCAGCUGAUAAAAUCAUUCUCAGGUUGCCUCAAAAUCAACUCCCCCAGCUAUGUGCCACAUUAACCCAGGCUACCGAGGACCCGAUCCUGCCUGCGAGCCCGAUGGACCUGCCUGAACGACUCAGACGAGAGGUACACGCCUCCCUCUGGGGCACUUCCAAAACAAACCUUGGCACUCUCCGGACGGAGCCUGUGCGAAUAACCCUGAAGUCAGACAUUGACAUUCCUCGAAUCAGACAAUACCCCAUCCCCCAACAAGCUCUGCUGGGCCUUCGGGAUCUUAUCAACACAUUCCUAUGGUUGGGAGUGCUUAUUCGUACUUUGUCCCCUUUCAAAACCCCCAUUCUGCCUGUUAGAAAACCUGACCUGGAUCCAGAAGGAAAACCGGUAUACCGAUUUGUGCAGGACUUGCGUGCAGUGAAUAGAGUUGUUCAGGCUAGACACAAUGUGAUACCUAAUCCUCACACAAUCCUGACUGCCAUUCCAGCAGGUGCAGAUGGACGCCCUGAUCAUCGGAGCCCUGGGCACCUGGGACCCCCGCAACGAGCGUGUGCUGCGGACCUGUGGGAUCGGUCAACGCUACGCAUGGCUCAUGCGGCACCUCAUGGUCUCAGACACCAUCUGAUGGUCCAGGGAUAUCUACAUCGAGCACAUCACCGGCCACCGACAGCACCAGGAGGCGUGAGCCAAAGUGAUAUCAUUCUUCAACUACGAGAAAGGGACCAAGAGACUUUCUCUGCUGAAUCAUAUGAACUGGAACCAUAAACUCCCUGAACAUUAAAUCUCACCAAAUGAGGGUCAAUCCAUCCUCAUUAUCAUAUCCACUCAUACUCCCCACCCGAACAUAGCCACUUUGUGAACUUCAUACCCUCAUAUCUCAAUGUCUGUACUUUGACCCAUCAACCUUUUACCUCCAAUCGGGGAUAUUGCAGAUUAUGUAAUCCUUAUGCCACCCGAUCUUAAAACAAACUUUGCACCCUCGAUAAUCUGUAUGUUAUUUCCUGAUAACCAGAAACUUCCAUGCUUAAGCUCUGUACCAUUCACUUUUUUAAA